AUGGUUCUAGGCGACCGGCGCCCCAGUGAGCUGUUCAAUAUUAUGAAGCAAGCAGCUGGAACAACGUUGAGCGACAGCGUUUUGAAUGAUUUAUGGGUGAGCAGACUUCCUCCUUAUGUUCAAGCUGCAACUAUUGCCACGAACGUUGCUAUUACGGAAAAAAUUAAGAUCGCUGACUCCAUUAUUGAAACCAUUGGAAUGCGAGAUAGUCAGUUACACGAGGUAUCUGCAGUUAGUGAGGUUUCUAACCUCAAACUUGAGAUAGCGAAACAGGUCCGCUCGGUUGCCGCGGUUUCAGAUUUAGGCAAGCAGUCUGAAGCCGCAAAAACACACCGGUUGCGCAUAUAUGAUACGUCAGCAAAUAUGCAUUUUUUAAUAGAUACCGGUGCUGACGUCUCAGUUAUACCAAAGUGCGCUAACGCAGCUCGAGCCUCACCAAACGGUACAAAAUUGUUUGCCGCAAAUGGCUCGCCUAUCUCAGUAUUUGGCGAGGCCAUUCUCAAACUCAAUCUUAACCUACGACGCGAAUUUUUAUGGAAUUUUCUUAUUGCUGACGUUUCCCAAGCGAUUAUUGGGGCUGAUUUUUUAGGUCAUUUCGAACUAUUAGUCGAUCUAAAAAAACGGUGUCUGCUCGAUCGCAAAACAGAAUUAAGGUCGAUUUGCGAAAUUGACAGCGUUUGCACAUCCAGCAUUAAAACUUUCAACGCGGACAUUUGUUUCUCAAACAUUAUCGAAGAGUACAGAGAUAUCACCCGCUCACUUCCUCUAACUGCAACAACAAAAUCGACCAUAGAACAUCGAAUAAUCACUACCGGACAACCUGUCUACGCACGACCGCGACGCCUUUCGCCCGAGAAAUUGUUAGCUGCUAAAGCUGAGUUUGACGCACUAUUAAAACUGGGAAUUUGUCGUCCCUCCAGCAGCAACUGGGCGAGCCCUUUGCAUAUGGUGCGGAUAAGUGAGGACGACAUAGGCAAAACAGCGAUAACGACUCCCUUCGGGCUCUUUGAAUUUACGCAUAUGACUUUCGGCCUGAGGAAUGCCGCGCAAACAUUCCAAAGGCUCAUAAACGAAGUUCUUUACGGCUUAAACUUCGUUUUCGUUUAUCUGGAUGAUGUUUGCAUCGCAUCGGCCUCAGUAGAAGAGCAUGGAAACCACCUUCGUCAAGUUCUUCAGCGGCUGAGAAAUAACCACCUUACUUUUAAUGUUAGCAAAUCGGAAUUUGGCGUUUCGGAGCUGCAAUUUUUGGGACACUCCAUCAACAAAGACGGUAUACGGCCGCUGCCAACGCGAGUUGAGGCAUUACGAAAGUUUAAACAGCCAAUCGUUGUCAAAGAAUUAAAAAGAUUCUUGGCAAUGCUUAAUUUUUAUCGCCGCUUCCUACCAAACGCUUUGGAAAUUCAAGGCCCUCUAUUUAACAUGGUUCGCGGCAACCGUCGAAACGAUACAACACCACUUGCAUGGUCAGCGGAAACGAUUAAUUGUUUUAAUGCGUGCAAAGAACAGCUAUCAAAUUGCACACUUCUCGCUCAUCCAUUGCACGAUGCCGAGCUUUCUCUUUGGGUAGACGCCUCCAACUUUGCUGCUGGUGCUGUAUUAAAUCAAGUCCAAAGGCUAGACAAAGCUUCCGAUCGUCAAAUUCAUCAACUUGACUUCAUUGCGCAAAUCACUACCGAUAUUCGUCAUGUUUGCGGUGAAGAUAACGUGGUGGCUGAUUUGCUUUCGCGCAUACAAUCCCUCACGGUCGAACCAAUAAAUUACGACGAUUUGGCGGAGGAUCAAUCGAAAGAUGAUGAGCUACGUAGCUUAUUAAAUGCCAAUGUAGGCAUGCAUGCUGUAAUCAAUGGUGGCAUCGUAAUUGAAAGACGGUUUCUUGGUGCUUCACUAUUAACCGACUGA